AUGUGUGUGGUCCGAUUGGUUGGCUCGUUAAAAGCUUCGAAGUCGCGUGGGACCAACGGGUGUCUAUUCAUCAUCGCUGCCUACGCGCCCACAAACUGUAGCGAUGAUUCCGUAAAGAACGACUUCUACCGCCAACUGAACGAGCUCCUACGCCACAGAAGGAGCUCGGACACUGUAGUGCUGGCUGGUGAUCUGAACGCUCAAGUUGGAAGAUUAUCCACUGAUGAACUACAGCUGGGCGUCCAGCAUGGUGUAGGCUCCCGUAAUGAUAACGAAGUCAAACGUGAGACCGGACUGUUGAAGUUGAACAAAGCCGCGGGACCAGAUGAUCUUCAUCCAGCCCUCUUCAAAUUCGGGGGCCAUGCUCUUGUUGAUGAUUUACAUGAAUUACUAAUGAAACUGUGGGAGCAGGAAACUGUCCCAAUCCGACUGGAGCCUGCUCCGUUGUUCUUCCCAUCUUCAAAGGAGGCUCGUGCUCGGAAUGCGGCAACCAUAGUGGAAUCAGUCUGA